GAUGUUAAAGGCAUAUGGAAUAUGUUAAAUAGUAAUUAGAAAUGGUUCUAAACAAAUUAGUUAACCUCAGUAUUUUAUUGAUAAUGAUGAUGAAGAUUUUAAUAUGGACGAUGUGGUAAAUAGCUUUUAGGGUGGGUUAUUUUUCGUUUUAGUUUCGAGUGUCAGGUUGAAAUUAAAAACAAAACUCAUUCAUUUGCUUGUGAGCUAAUGAUACUAUAAAACAAGGGGAUUUACAGGACAGCUGCUAGUUUUUGACACUGUGGGUCAUACACACUAGAGUUCUUUAAAAAAAAAAUCUCUUUCAAAGAUGUCAGGGGAGAAGCAGAAAAUUUGUCUGAAUUUUUCUUGCUUUAUCAGAUUGUAUUAUUAUUAUUCUGCUUAUGCUUGUCCAUUGAGAACAAUAUGUCAUAAUAGCAGGAAACUGAUUUUAAUAUAGUAACUGAGGAGGGGAGACGGGCUGAGACAGAGAGGACACAGAGGCCAUCAGGGCAGGGAGAGUAACUGGCAUGGUGGCAGGACAUGCUGUGGAUUAUCUUCCCCAUCUCUCUCUCUCUGGUGUCCUUCGUUGGAACGUGGACUGUAUAUGGCCUGGCCUUCUCCAACGGUCAUGUAUGCUCUCUCAGUGACUGGGGGCCUGAUAACUACUGCAGAGGGAAUCAGUCCACAGCAUGUUGCAUGGUUCCCACUAUAAGCUCAAGUGGAACUCUGGCACCAGAAAACUCCCUCUUUACAGCCUCAAUCAACGCUGGAUCCUUUCUGUUUCUGCUCUUCUGUAUAUUCCACCAUGCCCAUAUCAUGGAGAGACACGCAUGUCAUUCGAUGCUGAGCAAGUCUGCCCUGGUCUUUGGUGUGGUGGCAGCCAUGGGGGCGUUUGCAGCUGGAAACUGCAAUCCACAUCACCUGUCCCUCCUUCACUACCUGGGAGCUGCCAUCAGUUUCAUGUGCAUCUGCUUCUACACCGUCCUGCUCACGGCGCUGACGGAGAAGUGCGCACUGACGGGGUACGAGAGGGUCCUCUACCCGCUACGCAUCGUCUCCACUGUGUGUCAGACCAUCGUCACCAUCUGCUAUACCGUUUUGUUCGCCCAGGACGACUACUUUUACCGCCACCUGUCUGCUGUAUUCGAGUGGAUGCUCAGCGUGAACCUGGAGCUGUUCGAGCUCAGCUACGCCGUGGAGUUUUGCUUCUUCUCGUCCUUCAUGAUCUCCAACCUGCUGAGCAAACGCGACGAAGAAAAGCCUUUGAUGAUGUCCUGAUAUGAGGCCGCCAGGGUCCAGCUGAAGCACAGGAGCAGUGAAGAUGGACUGAGCAGGACAUCUGUAAGGACAGUGGCUGGAUCGUGGCCGGAGGAUCAAUAGCUUUCUUUCAUCACUGAUGCUGGGAUGGAGUUAUGUGAAUCCAUUUAUGGAUGACCACUUUUCUAGCGCUUGCUGUAAAUAUUUUGAUUUUCUUUACUGGGCGUUUAUGUUCCUUAGGUAAAAAAAUGAAUAAGUCUGUAUUUAUUGACACCAACUAGACUGUACAGAUAAAGAACAAAGAACAAAACAUAUCAGCUGUAUUAUGUAAUUGUGCAAUUUGCUGCUCUGCCAACAGAACAAUGAACCCGAGGUGUCCGAUACACCUUAUUUAUGUGAAUAAGUGUUUUGUGAAAUUACUUUAUAUGUCCUUAAAAAGGACCAAAGGACAUGAACAUUUCCAGCACAGAAAUACAAAAGCACGUGUUUAAAGCUUUGGCACUGUUAAAAAUUAUGAGCACUGUACACUGAGAGGCCCUGUCACUCUGCUGAUUCACUCAUGUGGCUUUAAAGCUCUCUGAGAAGGGUGGUGGACGCUGCAGUCCAACCCAUCACACAUUUUUAAGUCCCUGUGACAUCACAAGAUCCUGUCUGACUGGGUGAUUCACACUGAGAAGAAGAGAAGCUCCUUGUGGCAUUUAGAUCAUGGCAAAAAUACACGUCAACACCUCAUAAGACGUCAACGCCUCAGAAGGCUGAGUUACAAUCCAGAAGUGCGAACACAAACUGUACAUUACUGUGGGUGUUGUACCUGUUCUUUCAAAGUUUUGAGGUGUGGCAUCUUUAAGAGUUUCAGUGUGUGUGACAGGACAAACCACAGUGAUGUUUUCUGAAAGCAGGAUUAGGGUUUUUACAGAAACUAAAAGGCCCUGAAGGUAUUUUUUUUUUUCUCUCGUCUGAUGUGAAAUACAGCAUUCUUUGUCAAAGUUUGGUUUGGUUAUUUAUUUCAUGCAUCUCUGCUCUUUUUUUCUUGUUUUUUCAUGGUUAGGAUUUAGUUGGAAAAAUGUGAUGUCAUGUGUCUUCGUGCAGAGAGUCAAAGUGAAACUGGAACACGUUUAUUCAAAAUCUCACGGACGAUUGCAACAACUAAUAGCUUUAUUAAGACCUUUAGAGCCUUUAUCAACAGUAUAUUGUGUAGCUUGCUUCAAAAGUUUGAAUAAGGCAUUUCUUAAAAAAAAAACCCUCUACUAUUGUUCUGUGAAUGAAUACAUAAAUCUCUAUAUAAUCGCAAAUCUGCAUUCUUAUUUAAAGUUUAAGAGACAGUUACACAAGUCAUCACCCACAUUUGUAAAUCAUUUCACUACAGUACCCAACUGUUAACAUUUUUCUUUUGCUUAUUAAGUCAUGAGUAGGCAUGGGACAAAUUUCAUAUGACAGUUAUCUUGUUGAACAUGAUCACAGGUGUCCCUUACAUCGGGGAUGCUGGGAACAUGUCCGCACCAGUUUUUUCAAUUGGUCAGUUUUGUUUCCAUCCCUUUUCAGUGCGCCAGAGGCUUAAAUGUUCAGCAAAAUAACUCGUACCAAGAAAUAUUGGCUAACAAAUGAGAAUGCUCCACUCUGCAGUUGAAACUUACUGCCGCUGAUUCUGGUGCUUAAUAUGACAACAUUUCAGCCCAUAAUAUAUACAGCAGUCUGUGCUAAGGUUAAGUAACAGCCUACAACAUGUGCAGGCAAACUAUUAUUCAACCUUGCAUAGUAGAUUAGCACACUGUACACAGUAAUAUACAGUAUACUAUUACAAUACAGUAAUAGCAUAACAUAUACCUAUCAUAAUUAUAAGAUCUAGCAUUAAGUUGCCUAAAAUGUCAUGUUGAAGACUGUUUAAGUUUGAAUAACUUUUGAAAUACUCUUUAAACUUAAAAAUAAGAACUACAUUUGUUCUAACAUAUACUCAAAUUACUUUAAAUUUCAUUGAGUAUGAAAGCAAAUAGGUUAAGCAUCACAGAUAGGACACACAUUUUUCUUGGUGAAGAACAAUCUAAGAAUCUUAAAUACCAUUAGACAUGAGGUCUGUCUGUGCCCCCCACUACAACAUUAACCAACCAACAAACCCCACCCAUAUGCCAUAAACAAACCCCACCCAUAUGCCAUAAACAUAGGUGUGUAAACACACUAAACAAAGCACGAGAGGAUGAGACUGUACUCGCACCAUGUGGAAAUUCCACCGACAUUAUUACACAACAGUGGUGGAGUGAUGGCGCACGGGCGUGUCAGCUGAGGGCACAGCUUGUUUACAGCAGACAGUAGGUCAAGUCGAUGAUGGAUUUAUCAAGGGCCCUGCUCCUUUUAAGUCACGAAAUUCUGUCUGAUAUGACAUGGACCAGGUCAUUAAGACUUGAAAUAGUCCAGUUAACCCGUUUCCUCAGGUGAGUAUUGCCAAACACAGGUGUAGCUAUCCUGGCUAAGUGCAGGUUUGGAAACACAGGAAACACUAAUGAGACUUCAGAAGGAUUACAAGAGCGAACAGGCAGUCAAUGGAUGUUUGUAGUGGCUGCAGCGUUUAAUGAAUGUGGUAUGAGGACUAUUUCUUAUGUCUAAAAAAAAAUGAGGCAGUUAUUGGAAUUUCAAUAUCUUGAUCCAUAGCCUUUUAACUAUCAUCAUUAUGUUUAAAAUAUAUCCCUAUAUUGUGUGUGUGUUUUAUCUGUCUGUCAAUAAAGAUAACAUCAGCAGUCCUAUUGGACAAGACUGUACAAGGAAAAGAGGUAUAUUUAGACCUAUAGGAUGACUAUGCAAGGAUGGAGGGAGGGUUUUACACAAGUGAACUGUGUGCUGUAAUCAUAAUAUUGGCUGGACUCAGUGUUCAUAAUCAAAGAAAACCUGCAUGUGUCUGUAACUGCCAAUAAA